CAGACAGAGAGAGAUAGAGAGAAGUCGGAAAGCAGAGAAGCCAUGGAAAACCAGAGCGAUCUCAACCCGGAAAGGGAAACCCUAAUCAAUACAUUCUGCGAAAUCACCUCUUCUACCAAUCCCGAAGCUCUCUUCUACCUCGAGAGCCACAACUUCGACUUGGACUCCGCCGUCUCCACCUUCUUCGAGACCAAUCCCGCCGUCCCCUCCGCCGACGUUCCCGCCCCCGCCUCCGCCGCUGCGGCCAACGCACACUCCCCUGCUGACUCCCAGUCCUACUCCCCUUCCCAAUCCGAGUCUUCCUCUCCGCCUCGCUCGCGAUCCCCUUCCCCUCGCCGUCGCUCCAAACAGCCCCAGUCUUCCGGCGCGUAUAAUCUCCGGUCUUCUAAACACGGGAACGCAUCAUCAGCCCCUGGCGCUAGUGGUGCUGGCCGCCGGAGUGCCGGGAUUCAUACCUUCGCUGAUCUGAAUCGUCGAACCGCUGCAGGAUCCGGUAGCGACUCCGAUGAGCCUCAGGAGUAUUAUACCGGUGGAGAAAAAAGUGGAAUGCUUGUUCAAGAUCCAUCCAAAAUGAAUGAUGUGGAUGCAAUAUUUAACCAAGCCAGACAGACUCAACCUGUAGGUGGACCUGUUGAGAACCUUCCUCCGUCAAGUUCAAGAAGCUUUACUGGAACUGCACGGCGACUCACUGGUGAAACUGUUCCUUCUGCACCUCAGCGACCUGAAGUUGUUACCCAUAAUAUCACUUUCUGGAGCAAUGGGUUCACUGUAGAUGAUGGACCUCUCAGAAGGUUGGAUGAUCCUGAAAAUGCACACUUUUUGGAGAGUAUAAGGAAUUCCGAGUGCCCAAAGGAACUUCAGCCACCAGAUAGGAGGACAGCGGUCCAUGUUAAUCUCACAAGGAGAGAGGAGAACUGCCCCGCACCAGCAAAGCGGAAAACACCAUUUCACGGCGUAGGAAGAACUUUAGGUGGCACUACUAAUGAUGAUGCACCAGUAGAGCCAACAGUUGCAACUGCUCCCUUAACCUCUGCUCCUGCCCCAGCCAUGGGUCUCAUCGUUGAUGAAACCCAACCUUCCACAUCAAUUCAGCUCAGGCUUGCCGAUGGCACACGCAUGGUUUCCCGGUUCAACAUCCACCACACGAUCAGAGAUAUUCGAGGAUUCAUCGAUGCAUCAAGGCCCAGUGGUCCUCGGACCUAUCAACUGCAGACAGUGGGGUUUCCUCCGAAGCAACUUACCGAUCUGGAGCAGACGAUAGAGCAAGCCGGGCUAGCCAAUUCGGUUGUUAUCCAGAGAGUUUAGCUUAUUCCUAUCUUUAUUUACGUUCAGGCUUCAGCAAAUCAUGCUAGGUAACAUUCCAAUUUAUAUACCAUUAGUGAAAAUUAUGUACUAAAUUCAGUUCAAGUAUGAGCUGCUAUUGAUGCUCCCUCCAUCUGGAAGCUUAAGGCAUCAUGCCAUUUUAUUUGCCAUUUUUAAACGGUGUCUUGCAAAUGACAAGAAUCACAUUAUUUCUUCAAUUCC